CGCACACUUACACACACAAAGACUAGUAUUUUGUCAAAUGGGUUCUUUAGUAGAAAUAGAAAAGCCACAUGCCAUAUUCAUCCCCUUCCCAGCACAAGGCCACAUCAACCCCAUGAUGAAACUUGCUAAGCUCCUUCACUUAAAGGGAUUCCACAUCUCCUUCGUGAACACCCACUUCAACCAUAAGCGCUUGCUCCGAUCUGGAGGUCCUUCCACCCUCGACGGCUUGCCAGACUUCCGUUUCUACUCCAUUCCUGAUGGCCUCCCACCAUCUGAUGCCGAUUCCACCCAGUCAAUCCCAGUCCUUUGUGAAUCACUUCCUAAGCAUAGUUUGGAACCUUUCUGUGAGCUGAUUACAAGGCUUAAUGGCGCGUCUGAUGUGCCGCCAGUUAGCUGUAUUGUUUCGGAUGGGGUCAUGACUUUUACUCUUAAAGCCGCCGAGAAGUUUGGGUUGCCGGAAGUACUCUUUUGGACCACGAGUGCUUGUGGGUUUUUGGCUUACUCUCACUGUCGCGAUCUUGUUCAAAAGGGCUAUAUUCCUCUGAAAGGUAUAUGGGUUACAGGUUUUAUUCUCGUAUCAUGUUCUUUUGGUAAAUCUUUUUCUUUUUAGAAAAAAAAAAUAUGU